UCUUUUUAAUCUUUCUAUUGCCCUCAACUUUUCGCCUUUUCUUCGGUUUUAGCUUUGCCUUCUUCGCCUUCCUUUUUGUUUCGUAGAUUCUUCACCUCUGACCUCUCUCUCUAUUUCAGUUCAAUCAGAUCUCAAACAAAACACCUACAAACAAAAUCAACCCAUGACGCUUGGCGGCUCAGGAGGAUCUAGUGUCGUGGUCCCUCGAAACUUCAGAUUGCUGGAGGAGCUUGAACGCGGUGAAAAAGGUAUUGGAGAUGGUACUGUAAGCUAUGGAAUGGAUGAUGGAGAUGACAUCUACAUGCGCUCCUGGACUGGCACUGUCAUUGGUCCUCACAAUACUGUACAUGAAGGUCGAAUUUAUCAGUUGAAGCUGUUCUGUGAUAAAGAUUACCCAGAGAAGCCACCAAGUGUUCGAUUUCAUUCACGGAUCAAUAUGACUUGUGUUAACCAUGAAACUGGAGUGGUGGAACCAAAGAAGUUUGGGCUUCUUGCAAAUUGGCAGCGGGAGUAUACUAUGGAGGAUAUUCUGACGCAGCUGAAGAAGGAGAUGGCUGCCCCACACAACCGGAAGCUAGUCCAACCUCCUGAGGGUACCUACUUCUAGCUUUCAAGGACGUAUAGGAAUAUAUCAUAUUGCUUUUGCAAUAUGCAUUAUAUAGUUUGUAAUCCUGUGUUGAUCUGGUGAAGUUUGGAACAUACAGGGGAAUGCCCUAAAAAGGAGUCUCCAGUCACCCCUCCAUGGCUUCAUUGUCAUUUUGUUGCCUUUUUUUAUUCAAACUCUGUUUAAGGAAUGCUGUUUGAUUAAUGGGAUUUAUCUGUGUGUCAAAUAUUUAAAUACCCCUUAAGUAGUAUUUAAGUUAUGUCAAA